CGCGUUCAUCUUGCAUCUCCCCUUCUCUUCUCCCUUCCAUCCCUUAGACUUCUGCCAUGACUGAGAUCCCCACUUUCAAACUUGUCCUCGUCGGUGAUGGAGGUACUGGAAAAACCACCUUCGUCAAGCGCCACUUGACUGGUGAAUUCGAGAAAAAAUACAUCGCCACUCUCGGUGUCGAGGUCCACCCUCUUUCCUUCUCAACCAACUACGGCACCAUCUGCUUCAAUGUGUGGGAUACCGCUGGUCAGGAAAAGUUCGGUGGUCUCCGCGAUGGCUACUAUAUUCAGGGUCAAUGCGGCAUUAUCAUGUUCGACGUCACGUCCCGCAUCACCUACAAGAACGUCCCAAAUUGGCAUCGUGAUCUCGAGCGGGUGUGUGAGAACAUCCCCAUCGUAUUGUGCGGUAACAAGGUCGACGUCAAGGAGCGAAAAGUGAAGACUGCUCAAGUCACUUUCCACCGAAAGAAGAGCAUCCAGUACUUCGAAAUCUCCGCCAAAUCUAACUACAACUUCGAAAAGCCCUUCCUCUGGUUGGGAAGGAAGCUUGUCGGUAACCCGACUCUGGAUUUCGUGGCUGCGCCUGCUCUUGCUCCUGCUGAGGUUGAGGUUGACCCUGCACUCAUGGAGCAGUACAGACAGGAGAUGGCGCAGGCUGAGGCCGUUCCUCUUCCUGAGGAAGAUGACGACUUGUAACUGUUUUCGAAUCGCUAUUCACGACUGUCCUCCCUCCGUAUCACGCCACCAGUACUGUUUCAAAUAUCAACCUUUCCCCGUAUCAAUGUUUUCUUCUCUCCUAGUCUGUCGAGGUUGUAGUGUUCUGUAGCCUGUUUGCUCGCAUGUAUGGUGUGUGAUGGGCUCGUUCAUGAACGAAGCCCAUGUAUGCUGCUAGGGUGUAUACAUACGACUAGGCAAAUUCAAGCAGAAUACAUAUCAGUGUGCUU